AGUUUUAAUGUUUCAAUGCAAUUUUUUAAACAGUGAAGGUAACUGGGUAUACAGGACGCGGUCACCGCUACUCUGUCGCUAUGGAAACAAAAUGCCUGACGUCAUUGACAGGCGCCACGCGAAUUAAGCUUGUGCUUUGCUAGACUGAAGCUGCGGCAAGUCAAGUCAUGGGUAGCAGGAGAGCUCUGCAUUAUGUGCUCAAGGUGUGGGAUAGACCCCUGACUGCAAAGUUUUACAGAGAGCUACUGGGAAUGAAAGUUCUAAGGCAUGAAGAAUUUGAAGAAGGAUGCAAAGCCACUUGCAAUGGCCCUUAUGAUGGCAAAUGGAGUAAAACAAUGAUUGGCUAUGGGUCUGAAGACGGCCACUUUGUGAUUGAACUAACCUACAACUACGGAGUUGGGGAGUAUCGCCUUGGGAAUGAUUUUUUGGGAAUCACUCUUCAGUCUAGCCAAGCUGUAGCUAAUGCAAGGAAAUUGAGUUGGCCGCUUUCUGAAGUAGCAAGCGGUCUAUUCGAGGCUGUGGCCCCAGGGGGAUAUAAAUUCUAUUUGGAAGAAAAAGAUCAGCCAAAAACAGAUCCUGUUCAGAAAGUGACUCUUGCUGUAUCAGACUUACAACAAUCUAUAGCCUAUUGGUCUGGUCUUUUGGGAAUGAAAAUAUAUAACAAAGAUGAAGCAAAAAAGAAUGUGCUUUUAGGAUAUGCAGAUAACCAGUGUAAGUUGGAGCUGCAGGAUAUCGGUGGACCAGUUGACCAUGGAACAGCUUUUGGAAGGAUCGCCUUCUCCUGCCCUAAGGAUGAGCUUCCUAACAUUGAGGCGCAGAUGAUAAAAGAAAAGCAGAAGAUCUUAACCCCACUUGUAAGUUUGGACACACCUGGCAAAGCUACAGUUCAAGUGGUGAUUUUGGCAGAUCCUGAUGGCCAUGAAAUUUGCUUUGUAGGUGAUGAAGCAUUUCGAGAACUCUCCAGGGCUGAUCCUAACGCAGACAAACUUAUAAAUGAUGCUAUGGCAGCAGACAAGAGUGAAGAGUGGUUUGCAAAACACAAAAUGCAGAAACCUUCAGCAUAGAAGAAGACUGGAAACUUCACCCCCUGUGCCUACCACUUGCAUGCUAAAAUUUGAGUCUUUGUAUAAUGAAAUAUAGUAUUUGACAUAUUAAUUUUCAGGGCAUAGAAUGUUUUUUGCUUGAAAAUCAGUAUUUCAGUUCUUUCUUACACUACAAGUCAUUUAUAUUUUUAACAAUCAUUCUGCUGGUCCUACGCUCUUCAUUUAUAUCAGCAUAAAUGUUUACAUUAAGGAAUAAAGCAAGUAAAAAUUGGUUUACAAAGAUUCCAAUAAAUUAAAAGCUUCCUCCCA